AUGAAUGCAUCGAAAAGUUUGGUCAUGUCAUACUCAAAUCCACCAUGGCGGCACACAAGAUCCAGGAGUGAUGGUUGUGGAAUUAAAAAAUCACUAAACGCAUGCAGCAGGUUUAACGAGAGCGAAGAUGGCAAUUCCGAACAUUACGUCAAUCAAUACUUGAUCAAGAGCGAAAUUGGACGUGGUAGUUUUGGUGCGGUACACUUGGCUAUAGAUCAAAAUGGCAUUGAAUUUGCCAUGAAGGAAUUUUCAAAGUCAAGACUCAAGAAAAGAGCUCUAUCAGCUAUCAUGAGACAGGUACACCCUGAUCGGGAGGGACUUUCCAACACUACAAUAUGCCCUGAGCCUACUAUAUCCAUCCGUCGGAACACGGUAGCAAACCUCUAUGACGCAAACAACUUAAAUGAUCCUACUCAUCUCAUCAGUGAAGAGGUUGCCAUCAUGGAAAAACUAAACCAUCCCAAUUUAGUUAAACUCGUUGAGAUCCUCAAUGAUCCUGAGGAUGACUCACUGUACAUGGUGCUUGAAUUGUGCAGUAAAGGCGUGCUGAUGCAGGUUGGAAUAGGAGAGAAAGUAACUCCGCAUUCCAAGGAGAAAUGUAGACGUUGGUUCAGAGAUCUGGUCAUGGCAAUAGAGUACUUACACGAACGCGGGAUUUUGCAUCGGGACAUCAAACCGGACAAUCUUCUCUUGACCGAGAAUGACACGUUAAAAGUUGUGGAUUUUGGGGUGUCCGAGAUGUUUGACAAAGGCUCGGAAAUGAUGACAUCUAAAUCCACAGGCUCUCCCGCCUUCAUCCCACCCGAGCUCUGCGUCCCCAAACACGGAAAAGUCUCUGGUAAAGCUGUCGAUAUUUGGUCUAUGGGUAUCUCCCUUUACUGUCUUAGAUUCGGUCGUCUUCCUUUCGAGCACGCUGGGAUUUUUGACUUGUUUGAGGCAAUUAGAAACGAUGAACCCCAACUCAGUUCGGAUCCAGAGGAAUCUCAGUUCAAUGAUUUGAUGAGAAAAAUCCUCAAUAAAAGCCCCCAAAGUAGGAUCAACAUGAGGGAAAUAAGAACUCAUCCAUGGGUCACCCAAAAUGGGACAAACCCCCUACCUCAAUACGAAGAUGAAAGCCCUGGUUUAGAUGAAUCAACUGAAUGCAGUGUACCCAAAGUAAAAUGGGUGGAAAUUCCAGGGUUAAAUUAA